AUUUUGUGUUGAUUAUUAGUAUGAAAACCAAGUGUAUUUAAUUUGAAGAAUAAGCAUAGAGAAUCUGUGUCCACUAAACAGUGUUGUUUAGCUAGUGGUUCUGUUUUGGUCUUCUCCAUGUUUGUAAGUUGAGUAGUUGACGAGUCCAAACUCACAAAGAAGCAGACCACCACUCCACCACCACCGCCUUCAAUAACUACAUAAUGUGACAGUAGCUCAGAUCUCUCUUUCUCUCUCUGCAUCCAUGAAAUGAAAACCAUGCUCAGAUUCAUGCUCCUCAUCUCUCUCCUCUCUCUAUCCGAAUCAUCACCGUGCAGCAACACCUCAGACCGCGCCCUGCUCGCCAAGGCAUUCGCCUCCGUUUCCGGCUUCGAACCUUCCUGGUUCUUCAACACCAGCUGCUCCGUCUCCCAAAUCAACCUCUCCUCCAGAAACCUCACCGGCGCUAUCUCAUGGAAACACCUCACAAACAUCACGCACCUGCGCGCCUUAGAUCUCUCCGCCAAUCGUCUCACCGGCUCCGUCCCGCCUUCUCUUUGGCUUCUCCCCAACUUAGCCGAAAUCAACCUCUCCAACAACCGCCUCGGCGGCGCCGCCGGACUUCCUAAACCGGCCUCGCUCAGCUCUUCGCCGCUUCGGAAGAUCGAUCUCUCCUUUAAUAGGUUUAGAAACUUCACUUAUCUCUCCAAUUUUCCUAAUCUCACCUCUCUCAAUCUCUCCGGUAAUGAUUUUCGAGUUGCGCUUCCCCUUUGGUUCACCAACCUAACUAAUCUUCAAUCUCUCGACAUAUCCGGCUGCAAUAUUUCGGGGAAUUUAAGCCCGAUUUCUGGUCUUAAAUCCUUGAAACACUUGGAUAUUUCGAUCAAUCGUUUUACCGGUAAUUUCCCGGCCGAUAUUCCGUCUUUAGUUAAUCUGAGUUUCUUCAACAUCUCGUUCAAUAAUGUGUCGGGUUUUCUGGACUCAAAAUACGUCCACAAAUUCGGCAGUUCCGCUUUCAUUCACGCCGGCAAUCUCACCACUCGAAACAAAACCGCCGCCGCCACCACCACCACCGCCACCGCCCCCGACUUGCAUAUAAAACCUAACCCGCCCACUCUCCGCCAUAAGCCGCCGCCUCAAAACCAAGAAAUAGACCUCAGCCCCGCGAAGAAACCCAGACCGAGAUCGAAAACUCGGAAAACCAUAAUCCUGGGCGCGUCGCUAGGUUCAUCCAUCGCCGCCGUGGCCGUGGCCGUCCUGGCAUAUUACAGGUGCAGGAAUAGGAGCAGAGCGAGGCAGAGCAAAUGGUCAAUCUCCACGCCGAUCCAGACCCCGUUCAGGAUGGAGAAAUCGGGCCCGUUUUCGUUCGAAACAGAGUCCGGGUCGUCGUGGGUAGCCGACAUCAAAGAGCCGACGUCGGCCGCCGUGGUUAUGUUCGAGAAGCCAUUGAUGAACCUGACGUUCAAGGACCUCAUCGCUGCCACGUCACACUUCGGCAAAGAAUCCCUCCUCGCAGAAGGAAGGUGCGGGCCCCUCUACCGCGCCGUGCUGCCCGGCGAUAUCCACGUGGCAAUCAAGGUUCUCGAAAAUGCCAGGAGCCUCAGUCGCGAUGACGCUGCCGCCAUGUUUGAAGACUUCUCGAGGCUCAAACACCCUAAUCUGCUGCCUGUCUCUGGCUACUGCAUUGCAGGUAAAGAAAAGUUGGUGUUGUACGAGUUCAUGGCCAACGGCGAUCUCCACCGUUGGCUGCACGAGCUCCCAACGGGGGCGCCCAACGUGGAGGACUGGAGCGGCGACACGUGGGAAAUCCAGAGUGGGGCCGGGGAUGGGCCCCAGCACACCUCGCCCGAGAAGAUGGAGUGGCACACGCGCCACCGGAUCGCCGUCGGGGUGGCGCGUGGGCUCGCCUACCUCCACCACGCCCGGUCGAAGCCCGUCGUGCACGGGCAUCUAGUGCCGUCCAACAUCCUGCUGGCCGACGACCUCGAGCCGCGGAUCACCGACUUCGCGGCGAGCCAGGACCAGGUCGCGGGGUCCACCGAGGAUGACGUGUACAGCUUCGGCGUGGUGCUGGUGGAGCUGUUGACCGGUCAACGGGGCUCGUGCCAUGCCGUGGAUUGGGUGAGGAGGCUGGUGAAGGACGGGGAAGGGGCGAACGCGCUCGACUCGCGGCUGAGAGGCUGCGGCGACUCGGUGAGUCAGAUGGUGGAGUGCCUCCGAGUCGGGUACUUGUGCACGGCGGAGGCGCCGGAGAAGAGGCCCACCAUGCAGCAAGUUUUGGGCUUGCUCAAAGAUAUACAUCCUACUCCCUUGGAAAUUACUUGACAUAAAAAAUUGAGGCGUUUAAUUUUUUAGAUUUGAAUUACUACGUUUAAAUCUAUAUAAUUAAACUCUCCUAUUAUUGAGCGUGACUUCGAAUCAAUGAAUUGGUGUAGUAUAUCAUGUAAGCGCUUAAUAGGAUUUCUUGAAAUGUACAAUCAUUUUGUGGAAAAUCAGCGCUUUCAAUUUUUUUGGCUUGUAAAUUACUAGCAUAUUUUAUGGCACUUCACAUCUCAUAGAU